AUGGUCUUCAGAUCCGCUUCCACGCCCGCGCCGCCCGAGCAAUCGGACCCGGCAAUGGUCAGAACCCGCGGGGUCGCCACGGGCUCCAGCGACGAGCUCAAUUGGCUGCUCAGGUCCCUUGUUGGCCUUGUUGAGGUCGCCCUUGGUCGACGCGAAGGUCUCAACGAACGGAGCCAGGGCGUCGAUCAAGGUUCUGUCGCCAACACGGGCCCGGGUGUACUUGUACAGGGAGUCCAGGGCGUCCUUCAAAGCAGUAGCCAGAAUUGGUGGGGUGACCUCGUAGCCACCGUCCUUGAGCUCUUUUUCCUUCAGAGACUUGGCCAAUGCAGAAAUGAAAAUGGAGUACAAACCUCCAGAGGUUCCUCCCAUGGCCGUCUCGACAACGUCGGUGAUCUGGGUCAAGCUCUUGACACCGUCAGAAACCUCCAGGUUGCUGGAGGCCAGCAGAUCCAAAAUCGCGUGCGCUCCGUUGGCCAGAGUCUCUCCGCAAUCUCCGUCACCGGCAACGGUGUCGUAAAGUGUAAUCUUUGGCUCCUUUGUGAGCAGCUUUUUGCAACCGCUCUCCAGAACAGCCUUGACGGUGCCCUGAGGGAACUUGACCUUGGAGGUAGCCGAGUCGUCGCUGGUGGCUGGGGCCUCGAUGAUGUACGAAGAAGGCUUGUCGUCCCACUCAGAAGACUUGUAGGCCGAGUUCCAGCCCGGAACGGCAGUUGGGUAGUCCAACAGGUCCAGGAUCUCCUUGCCUCCUGCCUUGGUUGCGUUCAGCAAAGUGAUGGAGAAACCAGGACCGUCCAGAGACGUAGUGUAACUGCCGGUGUAAACUCUGACCGGCUUGAUCUUGUAGUCGGAAGCAAGUCGGAAACAAGAGUGUCAAUUGUUGGGAUUGGAGAAACUCUCUUGAUACCGGACUCGUUGUGGAUACCCAUUCCGACCUCGAUCUCAUCCUCCUUGAGCAAGUGUUUUUGCUCGUCCUCGUCCUCGGACUCCUCCUCCUCGUGGUGUCUGUUACCAGGGAUGGUGCAGUGGUCCAAAGAGGCGCCGAUUGUGACCAGGUUGGCCACCACGUUUUCUCCGACCUUGUACACUUCGGCCAAGCUGGCCUUAUUGGAGUCCUUGGCGGCCUUUGCUCCGGUGAUUUUGUGA